AUGCCGCACUCGUACGGUAAACGCGCUCGCACACGCGACAAGUUCUCCAAGGCUUUCCGCCGCAGCGGAAUGCCCUCCGUGUCACGCUACAUCCAGCAGUUCCGCGUUGGUGACUACGUCGACGUCCUCUGCGACCCCUCGGUCCACAAGGGUAUGCCCUACUCCUACUACCACGGCAAGACUGGAAUGGUCUACAACGUCACCCCCAGGGCCCUGGGUGUCAUAAUCAAGAAGGUCGUCCGCGGCAAGCAGCUGCUCAAGCGCAUCCACGUCAACAUCGCGCACAUUCGCAAGAGCCGCUGCCGCGAGGACUUCCUCAAGCGCGUCGCCGUGAACGAUGAGCUGAAACGCAAGGCAAAGGCUGAGGGCAAGAAGAUUACGACCAAGAGGCAGCCCGCGCCGGUGGCCCCGGGAUACAUCGUCGAGGCUACGCCCGACUCCAUCAUCGCCAUGGACCCGGUACCUUUCGUCGAAAAGUACUGA